AUGUCGGAGAUGCAACAGCUCAUCCAAGCGUUGCAAUCUCAAACCCAGCAGCUGCUGCAACAGCAGCAGGAGUCCCACGAGCAGAGGAUACAAGUGAUGCAGCAAGCACUGACUGCGCAGCAUCAGCAUUUCACGCAAGCGCUAGGCAAGUUGAGUUCCUCUGGUGAGCAAAGACUGGGUAGCCUUGUAGACGUUCGCGGUGUUGGGCAGCCUGAAAAGUUGACGGACAAAGUAGCUGAAAAAGAUUUCAGGGUUUGGAAGCUCAAGUACGUCAACUGGGUGCAAACCGCAUUCAAGUCGGCCGAAAAGUUGCUGACGGAUGUUCUUGACGACGAAACCUCAGUUGUAGAUGCUGCACGUUUUCAGAGUUUGACCAGCAAACAUCCGGAUGCUGAGCGGAUAUCUGCCCAUUUGAAUGCAACUCUUCUCUCCGUUUGUGAAAGUAAAGCUUUUGCUGUUGUAGAGAAGAGUUUCAAAGGGCCGAGUGCUGGUUUGGACGCGUUUCGUCGCUUGUGUCAUCGGUUUGAUCCCCAGUCAGAGGAGACAGAUCUUUCUUUGCUAACGCAGAUAGUGAACCUGGGUCCUUUCUCCAGCACUAACCCUACGGAGAUUCUUGCCGAGUUGGAGCGUAGGGAAGAAAUGAUGACCAAGCACGAAACACGCACGUUAGACACACUGUCUGAUGGCUUCAAGCGCGUGAUGCUGUUGAAGAUGUUGGUAGAUCCCUUGAAGACACACAUGCAGUUGAACUUGAAAAGUUUCGACACGUAUGAAAAGGCACGUGCGGAGGUUGUGCACUUUCUUGAACUGCAAGCUCAGACCCAACUAGCGUCGCAGUCCUCGCAGUCGCUUUCUUCAUCCUCCACAGGGCCCGUGCCUAUGGACAUCGGUAGUCUCGCACAGCUUGGUGUCAAGUCUGUUGAGGAGUUGAGCUCUUUGCUUGCUUCCUUUUCCAAAGGAAAAGGAAAAGGUGCUCCGAACCCACAUGGCAAGACUCCUAGUGGCAAAGGGAAGUCUCAGAAGUUUACUGGUAACUGCAACUUCUGUCAUCGACAAGGCCACAAGGAGGCUGACUGUUGGGACAAGUACCCUGACAAAGCACCCAAAAGCAAAGGCAAGUCUAAGUCUAAAUCUAAGUCUGCGAAGGGCAAGGACAAGAGCUUGAACACGUUGGAUGAGUCCCCUCAGCAGCAAGAGCCGGUUGAAGCUGGCGGUUUUGAAGUAGACCUCGCGCACGUGGAUGGUGACCAUCAGUUUGUUGCUUCCCAGUCCUGGCACACUGUUCAGCAAGGUUGGUCGCGCGUGGAGCUCACUGUUGAUUCCGGAGCCGGGUCUACUGCAAUUCCGCCAUGCAUUGCGCCGAAAGAGCCUGUCCAAGUGAGUGAGACGAGCAAGCUUGGUCGGCAGUUUAAAACUGCAACUGGCCACACGGUUUCGGACCAAGGCUGUAAGAAGCUAAGGGCAUUCACGGACUCUGGGGUAGCUGUUUCGUUUUCUUCCGCAGUGGCCGAUAUACACAAACCGCUGCUUGCUGUGUCGGAUGUUUGUAGCAAAGGUGGCAUCUGUCACUUCGAGGAAGGGAACAGCUACAUCCAACCAAAGGGUUGUGGGAAGAUCUGGAUGGAAGAGACGAAGGGUCUUUACAAAGUUGGCGUGUGGCUGUCACCUUCCAGUGGCGGAGUCGCAAGCGUGGUUCCUUUAGCCCCCUUUAGUGAAGGUGGUGUCUUGGGGCACGACACUGUAAGUCCUCAAGACGACGAGCACGGAGAUUCGGAGCAUGCUGAAGCGCAAGCUGCUACAACUCCCAAAUCUCCAGUUCUGCCCUCGGACUCGGAAGUCCGAGAGCAUUGUCUCACUCAUUUGCCUUUUCGUCCUUGGUGCCGCCAUUGCAUCCGGGGCAAAGCUCCAGCUUUGGCGCACAAAGAGCCUUCAAAUACGGAGUACACCAAGCCGUUGGUGGCCAUUGACUAUUGCUUUUUGAGCAGCAGCGAGGGAAACGCGAGCGAAAGUCCUGUGAUGGUUGUCAAAUCCAAGCCCGACCUGGCUGUCUUUGCGCGCUUAGUUCCCUCAAAAGGCUGUGUGCAUGAGUACAGUGUUCAAGCACUUGCUGACAUUUUCCGUGUGCUAGGCUAUCGCGAGUUUACACUCAAGACAGAUGGCGAGCCUUCCUUGGUGGCAUUAGCUCGUGCAGCAGUUGCCUUGCUUCCUGUUGAAGUCAAAGUUACCUUUGAGCACAGUCCCGUUGAAGAGAGCGAGGCCAACGGUUUUGUGGAGCGUGCCUGUAGAAGCGUGCAGGAACAAGCCCGCACAUUGCUGAGUAUGUUGCACGAACGUUUGCAGUGCGAGUUCCCGGCGAACCAUGCCAUUUUUCCUUGGUUAGUUCGGCAUGCGUCGUGGUUGUUGCAUCAUUUUCACAGAACGGCAUCUGGAAGGAGGGCAGCCAUCCGUAUGUCUGACGCCUUAAAGUUCGGUUUCACUCCACUUUGCGAUGGGUGUGAUAAGUUAAGGCGUGGCCUCUAUGGCAAGCAUAGUGAGGAGUGUAGGGCCAGGUUUGAAGCAGCAUGGAAAGCCAGCGGAGAUGAAGAACUGGUUUCCAAAGUCACUUCUGCAGACGGAAGACGUGACAAAUGGCUGGCCCGACAGGUGGAGAAGUAUGACGAGGAACAGAAAGCCGUGAAGCGAGCCAGAUUGGAGCAACAACCUGGUGAUGUGGCAGUGGCAGCUGAGUCAAGUGCAGCAGUGGACUCUGCUCAGGAGGCAAGGUCCCCAUCAUCCAAACGGCCUGCCGAGCAGCCGCCUGAAGCCAUGGAUGAGAGACGGACUGCAGAACCUGAGAGCUUGGGUCCGGAAGCUCAGACAGCGAUGACGGAUUCUUUCGAGAGCAUGCUGCAAGAGGCCAUCCUGAGUCAUCGGAGCGAAGUAUUCUCAAUGGAUGCUGCGGUUCAGGAGCCCAUUUGCGAUGAACCCAGUUUGUGUGAACAGAGUCAUAGCAAAGAUUGCUGGGACGAGUACUUCGAUGACGUCAGUGGCUUAGGACUCAACUCUCGCUUGGUAGAGAUUGCGAAAAAGGAGGAGCUGCGCAUAGCUGACGAGAUGGGCUUGUGGACGCCUGUUCUGAGGUCAGAACUGCCAAGUGGGACCAAAGUCAUACCUACAAGGUGGGUGCUGGUCAACAAAGGUGAUUCCAAAUCGCCCAGUUACCGCGCCAGGAUUGUGGCGAAAGAAGUUAAGGGACACAAGCCAUCUGAGGUUGGUUUCUAUGCGUCGACGCCGCCAACAGAAAGCUUGCGAGCACUCAUUGCUGUAGCCUCUACUAACCCGGAGUAUGUCAUGGAUUUCGUUGAUAUUAGCCGUGCACAUUGGUGCGCAGACGCCACCAGGUAUGUUGUCGUAGAGCUGCCGCCCGAAAUGGAAAUGCCUGAACAUGUCGCUGUUUUGAAGAAGAGUAUGUAUGGCACAAGAGAUGCGGCCCACAACUGGGAGCAACAGUAUACCAAGGUGCUUCUCUCACUUGGGUUUUUACAGGGGCGCGCAUCCAGUUGCUUGUUUUAUCAUCCGCACAAAGACAUUCGACUUGAAGUUCACGGUGAUGACUUCGUGUCUGUGGCGAGAGCUCUAGACAUCAAGUGGCUGCAUGAGCGUUUUCGAGAAAUGUGGAAGUGCAAGUUUUGCGCGACACUUUCAAGUCCAGGACAAAGUGUUCGAAUCCUUGGCCGCUUGCUGUCUCGUGAGAAUUCUGGCUACUCCCUAGAAGCGGAUCCUCGUCACGCAGAGAUCUUGAUCAGCAGCUUGGGCCUGAAGAAUGCCAAAGGCUUGAGCACGCCAGGCGUGAAGCUGCAACCCGAAGAGGAAGCAGAGCUGACGCAGAAGCGGCUCUCACCUGCAGAUACCACUCUGUUCAGGUCUUGUGUCAUGAGAGCAGCCUAUAUGUGUUCUGAAAGGCCUGACUGCCAGUACUGUGUGAAGGAACUCGCUCGCGAAAUGUCAUCCCCGACAGAAGCAUCAAUGAGAAGAUUGCGCAGGCUUGGUCGUUACUUGAUCUCGCAUCGCCGUAUGCUCUUGUGGUUCGAAUGGCAAGACAUGCCAAGAGACCUGGUUGCAGAGGUUGAUGCUGAUUUCGCAGGGUGUGGCAAGACUCGGAAAUCCACUAGUGGUGGUGCCGUGUUUUUCGGAAGUAGCCCUUUGAGGAGCUACUCUUCGAACCAAGCGGUGAUCGCCUUGUCAACUGGAGAAUCCGAGUUUUACGGCAUGCUGAAGGGAUGCAGUCAAGCCAUGGGUUUGAGAAGUCUCUUCGCAGAUAUCGGCGUUGAAGUCGGUAUCCGAUUGUGCACAGACAGCUCUGCCGGGAAGGCGUUGGCAGAAAAGAAGGGACUGGGCCGGGCGAAGCAUCUGGAGACCCAGUAUCUUUGGUUGCAGGACAGAGUAGCCAACAAAGAUGUAAAAGUGUUUAAAAUAUGUACAGAUGUGAACAGGGCUGACAUGUUCACAAAGCAUUUGCAUGAAGCUCGCGCUUCUGCGUUGUUGUCGGCCAUGAACUGUCGGUUCUCGACAGGCAAGCACUCACUUGCGUUGGCUGUGACUUGA